CUUUAAGUGUAUAUAACAUUAAAGAAGACCGUUUAGCAAGAUAGUAAAAACAUUGUACCUGCAUCUAAGUAUAUAAAAGCUUUGAAGUUGCUUAAAACCAGAAUUAUACUGAGUAUAGAUAAACACAUUCCUCUCAACAUUUAUAAAUAUCUCCUAAUGUAUCUCACUACGUGUCUGAUAUUAAUACGCGACACAUCUAGCUUUCAUGACUCCGCGAAGCUGCAAAAUCCUUUAAUAAAUUCACUGGUUCUCCCACGUUUUCCACGAGCACAGAGAACCUGUUUUUGGAGCAUUUCUUUUAUUCGGUGAUCCAGUGGAGUGUAAUAACGUCUGUUAUGGCUGUAGAUGGAACAGGGACGCGCUCGAGCAGGAAGUCUCGCUCAACAAACUGCGCAUGUUCGCUAAAGCCUCUCACUAUGUACGGAUGACACCGACGGCGAUCUAAACGGUAAGGCCGAUCCCGCGCCGUUUACUCUCUUAACCGUGACGCUUAAACGUAACCGAGCCGCGGAGACAUCCAUCGGGACGUCGAUCUGAAGUUUUAGCGACGGGCGUCAGCGGCUACCCGCCUCUCACGGCGGCGGAGCGUCGGGUCGUUUGAGUGUGUGUGCGUCCCGCCGCACGAGCAGACGUCAUGAGAGCAAAGCACCGCGGCGCGACGCCAGCGCGUCAUUUAUAUACCGUGCGUCGGACAUGGCAAAUGCUUCCAGAACGACCCGCGCUCGACGCGCUUGUGAACGUCACUUUUAUUCGCUUAAAAUAUAUAACAGUUGAACCGACAGAAAACGGCGGAGUGUGCGUGAGCUAGCAUAGCGCUAGCACGUAAACGGAGCAGCGCUGAGAAAAACUCAAAUGCUAAUGUGCUAACUGAAUUAGCCACUGGAAGAAGUGAUGUCAGUUAAAAACUAACUCAACAAAGUCACCGUACUUUCAUAUUAGCGUAGCGAAGCUCAUAUUACCUCCUGUAUUAUUAUAUCUCGCAUGUUUCAUACAGUUUGGUCCUUCUUACAUAUUCGUUGCUUAUACUAAGUAGUAACUGUUUUGGUGUACAGACACUAUGGUUACCAUGGUAAAUUUGUGUAAGGGGUGUAAUGCUAUAACGUUAUUGAGAUUAUUAGAUGGCAUUACAAUUGCACUGUUCUGUAUUUAUUAACCUAAGUAAGUAUGUGGUAACGUAUUUUUAAUGGUAUUAUCAGUCGGCUUUUUUUGGCGGGGUUGAACCUGUUUUAAUUCUAGUGUUUUUACACAUGAUGAACCCUCACUGACAUCUCCUGACAUAUUCAGUUGUGCUUAUUUCUGGGUUUAGAGAUGAGUAAUAAAAGCAUUUUCUGUGUGUGGUGAAGGUUUACAAGGUUUUUCCAAAACAAUCAUACUUCAGAUUCAUCAUUUUUGUGAUCGGGGUUGCCAAUGACUUCCCAACCUAUUAACGUCCUUAAAGUGACAGUACAUCCAUUUACUCACCUUAUCAUUUCAAACCUGUAUGAGUUUCUUUCACAGAACACAAAAGAAGAUAUUUUGAAGAAUGCUGUUAACCCCCAUUUAUUGCGUUGCUUUUGUGUUCACUUCAUACAAUAGAAGCGAAUGGGUUCCGGCGCAGUUCAAUUUCCAACUUUCUUCAAACUGUCUUCUUUUGUUCGAAAAAGGAAGUCAAAAAGAUUAGCAAUGACCAUAGGUUGAGUGACAAUGACAGAAUUUUCAAUUUUGGGGACUUUAAGGAAAAAAACACAGGCUGAUAACAAGUAACCUCCCCCAAACAAACACACAACGAGCAGUCGUCAAUGAUCAGUGAUCAACGUUUCCUACUAAAACCAUGAAUGUUUACAUCUGGCACAUUCAAGCAGUGAAGUGCCACACUACAGUAACAAAAGAUUUUGAGAAUAAAGUUGUUAUGUAUUGAGAAUUAAUAAAAUGUCGCAAUAAAGUAAUGUUUCCCUGAAACAGUAGUUUAUUUUUGAACAAUAGUACAAUAAACACCAUCACAGGGAAUGACAGUCUGAGCAUUUUCAUUGCAAGAUUUUGUUGAAUCCAUAACAAAAAUAUUUAAUAUCAAAUAUAAGAUACGAUUUUAACUACAGGAAUCUUGAGCUAUUUUUGGUGCAGCAGUAAUGUUUAACAUUUACGCAUUUGCCAGACGUUCUAUCCAAUGCUACUUGCAGUGCAUUGGAGGUAAAUGUUUGUUACCUGUGAGUUGAACCCAUGUCCUUUGUGUUGCUAAUGUUAGCUGUUGGACGAUCAUUAGUUCAUUUUAUGCAAAAUACUUGUCAGAGUUGAAGGAGACUGCGGGUUAUGGCAGAGACUGAGGUCACUGUGUCCGUGGAGGACAUGGUGGUGAUGAAGGAGACCGAGGAAGAGGAUGCUGAGCCUGAUGACCAAAACAAGACUCAAGUCAUCCUGCAGCUGCAGCCCAUCACAUCCGGGCUCGGAGAGGAAAGCACGGAGACCGAUACUGCUGUUGUGGCGGUGGAGACACCAGAUGAGGUGUCUGCUGAAGGAGAGGAUUUAGAGCUGGGUUAUCCCAUCACGUGUGGCGAGAGCAAAGCCAUACUCCUGUUCAAGAAGUUUGUCUGCCCGGGAAUCAACGUCAGAUGUGUUAAGUAUGAGGAUCAGUUGAUAAGUCCCAAGCAGUUUGUGCACAUGUCCGGUAAAGCCACUCUGAAGGACUGGAAACGAGCCAUCAGGAUAGGCGGAGUUAUGCUCAGGAGGAUGAUGGACUCGGGUCAGCUGGAUUUCUAUCAACACAGCACACUGUGCACAAACACCUGCCGCAGCACCAAGUUUGACCUGCUGAUCAACAACACACGCUUCCCACCGGACGGCAGUGGGCUCAGCACACCCACCACCGCUCAGGGCCAUGUUCCUGUCGGUAACGGAGGUCAGAGCGUCGCAGUAGAGGAGAACACAGAAGAUGUGGUGGGCACGGUGGAGUGGAGCACAGCCACGGUAGAAACCUCUGAGAAGAAGGAUGUACCUGACAUCUCAGAUGAGACGCUGAGUUUCUGGAGGGGUAUCGCCGAGGUGGGGCUGAUGGGUGAGGUGGUCUCUAAUAUCCGCUCGGAGCUGUUGGGUCUGCUGAGUGGAGUUCAGCUACGCAGCGAUCAGAGCUCACUGCAGGAUACAGAGAUCGCGGUUCUGAGCAACCUGGCUCAAGUCUUUGACCUGCUGGACUCCAUCAAACAAAUAGUGAAUGUCCGACGGCAGAUCACCGACCCAGAGCAGACGCAGGUCCUGCGAACACUGACCGCAUUAGAACAGCAGAUAGAAGAGCAGAAGAAGCUACAGUCCCUCAGCUGGCUGUCUCAGUCUCAGGCCCUCAGCAGUGUGACUUUUCCCUCCACCCCUCCAGCAAAACGCGCUCCCAAACGGCCCCGCCUCCAGCGGCCCGCAUCCACCACGGUGCUCAGCACAUCCGUAGCCCAACCUCUCGCCCUCCAGCAUCAACAGUUCACCGUUCUGUCCCCGAUCAACCUCGCAUCCGUCGGCCAGUCGUACGCAGUGGCCGGCCUCGCUCAACCCUCCAAUACCGUCACCCUUCACGCCCUACCCCCGGGCUCGCAGCUGUUCACGCGAAUCGCCAUGGCUCCUGACGGAAAAAUGGAGGCUGUCGCCCUCCACCCUGCGUCCGGCCUCACGCUGCUGGGGACGGCGGCUAUGCAUGACCACGGACAGAUGGGGACGGUGGAGCUGGUACAGCUGACGCAGAAGGGAACCGCCACCGGCGUCGCUCAGGACGGUCAGGUGGUGGCGGGCACCGUGGUGAUGCAGGACGGCGUCGUCAGGGUCGUGCAACAGGACGAAAACCAGGCUAACACCACCUUGAUCGAGAUCGACCCGUCGGACGACGAUCAGGGCGUGAGCGUCAUGGAGCUUCAGCUGGAGGAAAGUGCCAGGGGAGGAGAAGAAGAGGAGUGCGGAGCGACCGUGUUGCACGGCGACGAGGAGGUGGAGGAGGAGAUACAGCUGGAGGCCAACGGUCAGUUCCACAAUCUGCCGGUUGUAGUGGUGCAGGAAGAGACGCAGGACGCCGGCAAAGCCAAAUGACACGCUCUUGCACAAACCGCCCUCAGAGACUGACAGAGCGGAUCAGACAGGGAAAGGGAUUGUGGCUUCGCAGGUGGAGCGCGCGUGUUUGCCGCUCCAGCUGUCCUACUUCCUGCACAGCCAGGCCUGACGUGUUCCGUAUUUGUCAAAGCAAGUUCAGUAUUCCUUUUUUUACUUGAGAAUCGCAACAGUUUGUGACUUUCAGCACAGUCAGUAUUUGUGUUUGCUUUUGAGCUCGGAUGUUUCGGUUCAGCACUUAAUUCUCAUUUUUGGUUGGUUUGGUGCCAAAAGAACAGAUCUCCAGUCUCAUGAAUGUCUCAUGCUCACUGCUGUUAAACACACUCCAGUAGUUAGACUUGACACAGUCUAUGAUCUGCGUAGGGUGUAAAUGGCACCAAUGUUCAUUUAAGUUUAUAAGCACACGAGAGUUUGGAUGUGUGACGAGUGUGUCUGUGAAAGGUUCCUCACCAAAAAUAAACGUUCUUCCUUUCCCUGUACACGACGGUGGAGCGAGCUGUGUGUUCAUCUGUUACAGAACCGUUAGUCAUGAGUUUACAGUGACUGGCGCUGCCUCGAUAUUAUUUAUGAUGAUCAUUUAUUGUAAGCAAUUUCUAAAAUACUUUCUAUAGAGGUUUAUAAAUUCUAUAAAUUAACUUAUUAACGUUAGAGGAAGAACUCAAUGUAAAGAUUUGUAUUGUUUGCUCGCCCUCUCAUGUCUAUCUCAAAAAGGGAUCAUGCAGGGGCUUGAUACUGUACUCUGUAUGAAUCCUGAAGCCGCGUCAGACUUUCAGAACAGACUCAAGUUGAAGGCGUUGAAUGUGUGUGAGUAAACUGAAGAGCUGAACAGAAAGCAGUAAGGAUUUUUUUUGUUAUGCAGAGGUCAUCGUAAGACUCCGGAAUACAGCAUGCAAGUUGUAUGAACUACUUUUUGGUUAUGUUUACCGGAGUUUAAGAGCUUGAUUAUUUAUUUGAUUUCAUUUCAAAUAUCCUAUGGUUUUCCCCUUUGUUAUUGGAGAGACUGAUUAUAGGAACCAGUUUGAUGUCUUUCUUUACCCCCUCAUAUGGAUUGAAAUGACGAAAUGAGUGAUUGACAGGCCAUCCAGACAAUUUCAAGGCGUAACAGCUUCACUUUCACAGACCAAAACUGAAUAAAUGUAAAAAAGAGAGAAUUGUUUUGUUGAAAUACUAAUUAAACAAU